AUAGAUGAAUUCAGCUGAUUAAAUCUUUUUUCAGUCUGCAUUUCUGUCCGAUCCAUAUGCAGCCGUAUUCCCCGGAUAAACGCUCCUAAUCAUCAACGGCUUGCGUAUACAGUACCUGAGUGUGUGCAAAGGCCGUGCACGAGCUUGCGGGCUCUCCGGGGAAAUGCCCACAAAGGCUCUCAUUUUUAGGCAGUAAGCUAAUUAAAGCGGCAGAGCAGAUGGUGCAGGCUUGGUCCGGACAUAAUGAGACGGUGAGUGGCGAGACGAACUGGACAUGGCAGGACAGCUGUGAGGGGUUUGUGAGGUGACCAGAAUUCAGGCGUCUCCCAGGAGCGAGAGGCCUCGCUGGCAGUCGAGAGGAGCAGAAUUUAAAGUCCAUGAAAACUUUAUGAGCAGCUUUUUAAGAAGAAGAAGAAGAAGAAGCAGCAGCUACUGGAUUAGUAAUUGUUUACUUCCUCCAAGUGUGUGUUGGUUGAAAAUACUUCACUGGAAAUGAGUAAUACCACGUCAGCACAGUGUUUUUCAAAAAAAAGAAAAAAAAAUAUUAUUUUUUCUCUCGCUCACAUCCUCAAUCACUCGAUCUUGGCAGGUGGUUUUUGGUAAACACCAAAUCCUCAGCACCUGUUGCCAGAGGCUUUUCCUGUCUGCCAGCUCUCACCAACUCUGCUCCCAAAUAUUAAAAAAAAAAAGAGAGAGAGAGAGACACAAGUGAAAAAAACAACUGCGCCAUUACCAAAGUAGGUGUUUCUUUUUUUUUCCUGGAUGGAAGUUAAGUGGCGCACAACAAUACCGACACAAACUCACAAAAGCGGCGAUUCCUAGAGGUGCAGAAAUACUUUGGAGAGCUCAUCUCAGAGAUGUUCCACGCUCCUAUUGUGCCUCGCGCGAGGAAGAGGUCAAGGCCGGCCGAAGCAAGCGCUCCCAGGCGUGAAGGGGUGAAGUUUGAGGAUGUCAGGCUGUACCUGGUGGAGAGGAAAAUGGGCCGCAGCAGGAGAAGCUUUCUGACCGAGCUGGCCAGGUCAAAGGGCUUUAUUGUGGAAGACGUCCUCAGCGAUGUGGUGACUCACGUGGUGUCGGAGGAUAGCCAGGCCUCGUCUCUUUGGGCGUGGCUAAAAGGAGGGUCUGUGAAGAAUCUGCCCGUCAUGCACGUUUUGGACAUCAGCUGGUUCACUGACAGCAUGAGAGAGGGGAAACCUGUUGCUGUGGAGACCAGACACCUUAUACAGGAGACCUUGCCUGCAUCGCCAGAAGCUACAACACCCACACCCGUGUCCACGGUGUCUCAAUAUGCCUGCCAGAGACGGACCACCACACAGAACAACAACAAGAUUUUCACGGAUGCAUUUGAAGUGCUGGCAGAGAGCCAUGAAUUCAAUGACAUGGAGGGUCCGUGCUUGGCCUUCAGGAGGGCUGCAUCUGUGCUGAAGAGUCUGCCCUGGACGGUGCAGAAUUUACGGGUCACAGAAGACCUGCCCUGCCUGGGGGAACACUCUAUGUGUGUCAUAGAGGAGAUCCUUCAACACGGCCGCUCGUUUGAAGUCGAGAAAAUACUCUCAGAUGAAAGGUAUCAAAUACUAAAGCUGUUCACAAGUGUGUUUGGGGUUGGACCUAAGACAGCUGAGAAGUGGUACCGCAGAGGGCUGCGCUCAUUCAGCGACGUUCUGGCGGAGCCCAGCAUUCAUCUCAACCGGAUGCAACAAAGUGGUUUUCUGCAUUAUGGAGACAUCUCCAGGGCUGUCAGUAAAGCAGAGGCCCAAGCCCUGGGGAACAUUAUUGACGAAGCUGUCCAUGCGAUCACACCGGACGCCAUACUCACACUGACAGGUGGCUUUCGCAGGGGGAAGGAUUUUGGCCAUGAUGUAGACUUUAUCGUGACCACACCACAACUGGGGAAGGAGGAGCGUCUUCUCACCAGCGUUAUUGAUAGACUAAAACACCAAGGCAUUCUUCUCUACUGUGAAUACCAGGCCUCUACUUUUGAUGAGUCGAAGCUUCCCAGCCACAGGUUUGAGGCCAUGGACCACUUUGCAAAGUGUUUCCUGAUCCUGCGGCUGGAGGACAGCCAAGUAGACGGAGGUCUCCAAACUGCUGAGGAAGACAGGAGAGGCUGGAGGGCUGUACGCGUGGACUUGGUAUCUCCACCUGUGGAUCGCUACGCCUUUACUCUUCUUGGCUGGAGCGGCUCCAGGUUUGAGAGAGACCUGAGGAGGUUUGCUCGAAUGGAGCGGCGAAUGCUGUUGGACAAUCACGCUUUGUAUGACAAAACUAAGAAAGAGUUCCUGGCAGCGACAACUGAAAAGGACAUCUUUGCCCAUCUGGGUCUCGAGUACAUCGAGCCUUGGCAGAGAAAUGCGUAGGCCUCCGCUCCUCCUUGGCUGGAUGAUACCCUGUGCAUACAUCAGUGUUUAUCCCAUCUGCUUGCCGUUAUGUGGCUCUCCUGUGAUUCACUUUCAAACAGCUUUUGAUUUCCAUACACUUUUGUGUUGUUGUUGUUGCCAAUAUUGUUGUUGUCUAGAUUACAUGACGACGUGUGAUUCAUAAUUCUGCUUAUUCACUAUUGUCUGCCAGCAAAUAAACAUUCUCCCGUACCAUU